AUGGCAUCUCCACAACAACAUCAACUACACCAUCAACAACAUCAACAACAUCAACAACUACAACAACAACAGGUACAACAUCAAAGGUCAAACAGCUUACCAAUGUCAUCACUUCAUGUGAAUGCAACAUCAACAUCAACAUCGUCUACAUCAACAUCAACAUCACCAUCACCACUACCAUCACCUCACUCAUCAUCUGAUGUUGGAGUAUUGAAGAGAUCAUCAUCAGUACAACUAUUCCACAAUGAUGAACCAUUCGUCUUUGCACAGUCUUUGACAUCGGUCUGUCUCGACCCGACUGCUCCACCGUUGAAUGAGUGGAAGCCCGAUGAACUAGUAGUGCCUCCCGUCUCCUCAUCCAUACCAUUCAUACACAUGAAGAGUUUCCAAUCAUAUCUCAACAAAGUAUCACAGGCCUACAGGAUAUUCAAAGACAAUGAACAACAAGACCUCAUCCCCACAAACAAGAAGACAUCAGAUGAGAUCAUUGAUCUGAAUCAUAUACCAGAGUUCUUCUUUCAUAAACAGUUGAGCAAACAACAGAUAUUGGACUAUGCCAACAGUGAUCCAUCACCUAUUAUGUUUCAAAAGUUGGAACAUUACUCUGCCAUUGUCGAAGAGAACAUCGUCGGUCAUGUCAGGGAGCAAUCACAAUCAUUCUUCAAUGCCAUGUCCGAUCUCAAGCAGUUCAGGACCGAAUUGAAUCGGUUAUACCAUGAGCUGAUACAUGCGAGGGAGACACUAUCAAAGGUUGACAAUGAGGUUGUAAAGAGUAGUCUGAAUAUUAGUCGACUGUUCUUGCAGAAGAAUAGAGCUGUUGAAGCAUUGUCAAUACUAUCGAUGACGCAGGAUGUCAAGCAGGCUCAACCAACUUUACAACUGUUGCUAUCAAAGGGAGACUAUGGCGGUGCUUUGGACCUGAUACAUACGACUCAACAAUCACUGGCUGAUGGCUUGGCACCAAUCAGCUCACUAAAGAACAUAGGUCCGCAGCUGGCAGAGAUGAUCAAGCUCAUUGAGAAGAUGCUCGAGUCGGACUUUAUCAAGAUAACACUCAAUGAUGAUCUUUUACUUCAAUCGAUACAUGAUGAUGGGGACUUGGAUGCGUCCACGGCCACCUCGUCCUCAAAAUCGACAUCCAUGGUCAGCCCAGGCAUUAGUUCACCACAAUUGGACAUCACACAGAACCUUAACGAGACAUUAUUGCCAGUCGUGGAGACAUUGCUGCGAAUAGGUCGUAUUGGAGAGGUGUUGGAAGCAUUCCGCGAGUCAUCAGUGGACUCUGUCAAGAGUCUAUUCAAGACGGUGGUGUCGAGCAUUGUGUUUGAACGCGACCACGAGAAGAAGAUUGCGUCCAAUCAAUCAACAGACACACCUGUUAACUUCACAUGGGACGAGUGCAAGGCACACCUGAUCAAGCUGUCGCCCACCGACUCACUGCCCCUCUUCAAAGCGGUCAAUGCAGAGUUCAAGAAGAAGAUGAUCAUCACAAAGAAUAUCAUUGAUCUGGUCAUUGCUGAAGUGGACAGGUUCGAGGAUCACCUGCAACAGCAACAACAACAGGGACAGGGUGACGGUAGCAGUGGCAACACCAGCCCAACACAUCGAUCAGGUGUGAUGCCCAAUCACAACAAACAAGAGACGAUCAAGGUCAUUUGCAGCAAUAUACUGGCAUCGAUUAAUGAGGCGAUGCAAGAGCGACUGUCAUACUUGAUCAAGAUCAGAUCGGAUGCCAACUCAAGACUAGCCUUGCCCGACUUUGUAACACUUACCAAACAUAUCAACACAUUCAUCAAGUUCUCCGAGCAGAUCCUCGUCAAGAAGAAGGCGUCAACAUUGCGCUCCAACCAAUUGACACAAUCAAAGAUAUUCCUGGAUACACUACACAAGAACAAGGUAGCGUCAUUGACAAUGUUGAUGGAGAAUGAGGAAUGGAUACCCGCACAGGUGGUUGGCGAGUUCCAGCGCAUUAUCAAUCAAUUGGUACAUAGGGCAAUGCUAUGCACUUCUCCAAACAUGCCACCGAUGGAGUCCAGUGCACAUGAUGAGAUCCCUCAGCCAGUAACACUCGAGGACCCGUCAACAUCAUCACAACAACAUGUCAAUCUUUCGGUCAAAGAGUACAUAUCAAUCAGCGAUGAGAAGUUCAAGGUUGGAAACACUGUGCUCAUGAUGCUCAAGUUCAUCAAUGACUACUUGCACUGCAUUGACCUGCUGCCCGCCUUGGUCAUCGAUUCGAUACCAAAGUUUGUCGAGCUACUCCACACAUUCAAUGGCAUGACCUACCAAUUGGUGUUGGGUGCCGGUGCUCGCCAGACCAUGAAGCUCAAAACCAUCACCUCCAAGCAUCUUGGAUUGGCUUCACAAUGUCUCAGCUUCCAAAUCAAAAUGAUACCGCAUCUCAAGACCAUACUACAACAUCUACUUCCAUCAAAGAAUCAAUUCCCUCUCCUAAAUGGAUUCGACAAGAUCAUCCAAGACUAUUCAUCACAUCGAAGUGAGAUAUUCGAGAAGUUUGUGGUUAUCCUAAAGGAGCGAUCACUCUCCCAGAUGAAGGCGCUAAGCACGUUGGACUUGAAGAACGACACGAUGCCAAUACCAUCACCACCCAUAGCAUCAUUGGUCAAGGACUUUACUACAUUGCACAAGUUGUUAAAUGCCCUGUUGCCACCGGACCAAAUGUUCAAGGUGUUCACCAACAUUUAUUAUAUGCUCAACAACAUAUUGGUGGAAUCAAUCCAGAGACUGGAACUGAAUUCUGUUGCCGCUCGCAGACGAAUCCACAACGAUAUACUACACUUUAUGGAAUCACUGCGAACUCUUCCAAACGUUGGCAAUCCUGGUACGGCCGUCGAAGACUUUUUAAACAAGCACUAUGCCAUUCGAUAG